AUGAUUGCCCUCGUUCUCUUGCUAAGUCUUGCUGCAGUGCUGCAACAAUCUUCUGGAAAUGGUCAUUUUGCUGCUGAGUCAACCAGCAGAAUAGAAAAACAAAAGGAGAUUGUUGACAGGCACAAUUAUUUAAGAAGAACAGUGAACCCAAAAGCUAGCAACAUGCUACAAAUGGAAUGGCAUUCUAAUGCUGCUAAAAAUGCCAAAAGUUGGGCAGAUAAAUGUUCUUUUGGUCACAGUCCAGCAAACUUAAGAACUGUUGAAAAAUUAAAUUGUGGUGAAAAUCUAUUCAUGUCAACUCAUCCUCAUUCAUGGACUGCAGUACUUCAGUCUUGGCAUGAUGAAGCUAAAAACUUCCAGCAUGGUAUUGGACCAAGACCAGCAAAUGCUGUUACUGGCCAUUAUACUCAGAUGGUUUGGUACAACAGUUACCGUGUUGGUUGUGCUGCUGUCAAAUGUCCUACAUCCAAAUUCUACUAUGUUUGUCAUUACUGCCCCGCAGGGAACAUCGUGACUUCAGUUGCUAUGCCAUAUAAAGCAGGGCCACCUUGUGGGGACUGUCCUUCGGCUUGUGUCAAUGGACUGUGCACAAAUCCUUGCAAAUAUCAAGAUACGUACUCAAACUGCCCGGACUUAGUGAAAGACAAAAAAUGCAAGGGUGACUGGAUCACGAGAGCGUGUCCUGCUUCUUGCUUCUGCCCCACAGAAAUAAAAUAGCAGGCCUCCCACUCAGUAUUUGUGCCCUUUUCCAGAUAACUUUGUUUUCUCAUUAAAAUCAU